GCGUAAAAGUAGUACCAGAAACUGAACUGACUACGUGUAAGCUUUCCAACCAUGGUCACAUAUUCUUCACUCUCCCAUCCCAUAGCUUCCCCAUUCAUCACACUAAGAAAAUCAGCGACGAAAGUUUCAUUUCUACUGCUUCUUCUCAAACAACCAUUUCCAAGAAACUGCAAAUUUGUUGCAGCCAUGCACUCAAAUUCUUCCGGAACAAUGGCUGUUUCAGUUCCAGGAGUAAGUCCCCAAGAAAUGGUCGCCAUAGCUCAGGAAACCUUCCGGAGAUGCACGUCAUCGUCGUCUUCUGGUUCUUCAUUGCCUGAGAGGAGAGGCAAAGGGGUGGCCAUUUUUUGGUUCAGGAGUGAUUUGAGGAUAUUGGACAAUGAGGCUUUGAUUAAGGCCUGGCUUUCAUCUCAAGCUCUCUUGCCUGUCUACUGUGUUGAUCCUAGGCUUUUCACCUCCUCCACCCAUUACUUUGGCUUCCCUAAAACUGGAGUUUUGAGGGCUCAAUUUCUCAUGGAGUCUUUGGCUGACUUGAAAAAUAACUUGAAAAGCCGUGGUCUGGACUUGUUGAUUAAACAGGGGAAACCGGAGGAUAUACUGCCUUUGCUUGCAAAAGCACACGGAGCACACACGGUGUUUGCUCAGAAAGAAACAUGCAGUGAGGAGUUGAAUGUUGAGAGAUUGGUUGCUAAAAACUUGAGACAAGUUGACCAGCCAUUGUUGAAAGGGUUGUCCACUAAGCCAGAGUCCAAAACUGGUACCAAAUUGCAGUUGAUCUGGGGUGGUAGUUUGUACCAUAUUGAUGACAUUCCAUUUGAUUGUAAGUGUUUACCAGAUGUCUAUACGCAAUUCCGUAAGUCUGUUGAGUCCAAGUCUACAGUGCGUGCUUGUUUAAAGAUUCCAACAACACUUGGACCUCCACCAAAUAUUAGUGACUGGGGCACUGUUCCUGAAAUUACUGAGCUCGGAUUUCAGAAGCCAAAGGUGGAGAAAGGAAUGAGAUUUGUGGGUGGUGAAAGUGCAGCUCUAAGUAGACUACACGAGUACUUUUGGAAAAAGGAUCUGCUGAGGAUAUACAAAGAAACUAGAAAUGGGAUGUUAGGUCCUGAUUACUCAACAAAAUUCUCUCCUUGGCUUGCUGCGGGAAACCUUUCUGCUCGUUUCAUUUAUGAGGAGGUAAAGAGAUAUGAAGCUGAGAGGCAAUCAAAUAAUUCAACAUACUGGGUUUUGUUUGAACUGAUAUGGAGAGAUUACUUCAGAUUUUUGUCUAUUAAGGAGGGAAACACUCUCUUUAAUCCAGGUGGGCCCAGAAAAGUUGAGGUUAACUGGAACCAAGACAGCAUUCUUUUUGAUGCUUGGAGAGAUGGUCAUACUGGGUACCCUCUUAUAGAUGCAAAUAUGAGAGAACUGUCAACUACAGGGUUCAUGUCAAAUCGAGGCCGGCAGAUUGUAUGCUCCUUUCUUGUUCGAGACAUGGGCAUUGAUUGGCGAAUGGGAGCUGAAUGGUUUGAAUCAUGCCUUUUGGACUAUGAUCCUUGUUCCAAUUAUGGUAACUGGACAUAUGGUGCAGGUGUUGGGAAUGACCCGAGAGAGGACCGCUAUUUCAGCAUUCCCAAGCAGAUGACACUUAUUGUUCAAACAUGCAAAACUGAAGGACCCGUAAGGAAAGUGAAUUAAGGUUUAUAUGUCAUGCAUGCCCCUCCCCAAAUGUGUCUAUAGCUUUUCAAGCCAUAUAUGAAGAGGAUUCAUACUGAAGAGAAUUUCUGGCUUAUAGUUUUAGCUUUUUUGGUGAAAUCAGUUUGGAUUUAACAUUAGGGACAUUCGGAAACUUCAGUAUUCUAAAGAAUCUGUUUCAGAUUUUUCGAGUUGAUAUUCAGGCUACGAAAUCUAGUCAAUUAUCAUGCUCUCUUAGUGAUGAAGCUAAAUCACAUGAUUUGUUGCGUAACUACUGCAUAAGCUGCAGCUUGUCAUAGCUGGUUUAUAGAGUUUAUGUUCUUGUUAACACAAGUAUUAUGCUUCAACUGUCCAUUUGAUGUAAUGGUUGACUUGGCGAUGCAGUUUUGGUUUGAAACCCACCAGAUGGCCCUCUUGUUUUACUCUGUUUCCAAACUGUUUACGGUGGAUCUGCAGUCAUUCUUUUGCUGAAUACUUGCACGGAUUUUAUAUGAAGCUUUAUUGUCCUUCAUGUAAUCAAAAUGAGAUUCUUGCUUACGUUUCAUAUCCAGAGAUCUUUAAAACAGCAAAUUUUGAUGUGGAUUAGCAGCUUAUUGUGGCUGGAACUCAUUAUAUGACUCAAGAGAACAAACUUUUUGAGUCAUAAUUUUUGGAAAGCUUUCAGGGCAUUUGACAGGUUUCAAGGGAUCUAAAAACAAUUUUAAGUCUGCAGUGGAAGUCUGAACUUUCCUGGUGGGUUGAGGGAAAAAAGAUAAAAAGUUUCACAUGACCUUUAUUAUUAAAUACUCACUACAGAUUUCAGUAGAAAGAAUCUCAAUGUUUUCAUCCUAAUGAAAUAGGUAUUUUGUUGAUUAUUUAACUCUAGAAACACAAUUUCGUUGUCAAGUAAAGGACUUUAAAAUUUCACUUUUCACGUAAGUUAAUUGCUGGAUUCAUUGUGAAGUGAAAUGAUACACUAGAAUAUAAUUUGCCUACAACACUUGUAAGAAUUAUAAUAGAGUAGUUCUGCCUGUCUGCGUAAACUUAGCUGUGUAUGUGCUUAUUUGCAUUUGCAUAUGUUUUAUUAUCAUCUGAAUUCUACAAUUCUUCAUCUUCUGUUUUGGUUUGAACCAAUGAAAGGAAGCUAUUUAGGAAACAAUGAGGUUGACAUAGAUGCAAAUAAUCUUUUAAUUGCAUUUGUUCGUUCACCAUAUGAUAUUUUGUUUUACAUG